GCGAUACUCAGUCACUCCGAUGCAAGUAUAUAGGCCACAGCUCUGCCUUUCGGGGUCCUUUAUUUUUGCUAGGGCUAUGUGGCGAAGAUGCUUCAAAGGCGCCAACUGGGCCGAACUCUCCGAUAUAAAGGACUAGCCUUCGGCGACGUAACAUUUUCACUAACAGCCUCCCCUUUACUCGCACAAAACGUGCAUCAAAGAGCAAGUUAAGCAUACCCCACCGUUCUAAGAUGUCGAGGCGUUCUCCAAUCCCUACGUCCCGCUCUUCCGCCAAGCAAACUGCACAGCAGACACAGUCAAAGAAGACACCUGCCGAGCUGGUCACGUACCGUCUUGACCAGGACAUGGUCUAUGUCCAGCCCGCACAUAACUUCGAGGAAGCGUUGAAUUAUGCCCAAUCGGUCUUUCCGCAGCUCUGCGAUGUUCCGCGCUCACGAAUCGCAUUCGCUGUGAACGUUCGCGUAAACGGAGUAUUAAGAACGGUUCGAAUCGCGCCAAUGGCUUGGCCGAGAGUCCUUCGUUCAUUGGCAACUUACGAAAUUAUCGACAUCUCCAUCCUCCCGUGUGCUUCGUCUCCAGUUGCCGCCACCCGUUUCACUAAAUCCGAAACGGAGCUCGCCACAUCCGUAUCCGCUUCUUCUUCGCAAAGAAGUUUCGCUGUCGCCACCUCCGACGAACCACCAAAGUAUGGGAAUACCAGCGGCACAUAUGGCGUUGGGUACGGAUACUCGACACUAGGCUUGGACUUGUACAAGCCCACUUUGGAUGUGAACAAAUUAAAAGACUCUGAGAAGUCUCCGAACUAUACGUUACUCGUUCCGGAGCCGCAAUCGCCAUCACCCGUGAUCCAGCGAUGUGCAAGCGCAUUUAGCUGGUUUAGCAAGCGUCUAUAAUAUCCGUUUUACCCCAUCGUACUAUAAUGGGAUUUUGCGAUAAUAGGCGGGCACCGUGCACUUAUCUGGGCUACAAUCAAGAAUCCGUAUUCGUAGGGCACGGUACCUACCCGAUACCCCGAACUUGUCAUUUUCCUUUCUUAGGCAUUCUCGUCUCUCAACUCACCUUGAUACGAAUCACUUCUUGCAUCAACUGCGAUCUAUAUUCCUGUGUAUCCAAUGCUACCCUGCAUCUGAUAUCGCUGUUCCUCUUCUUUUCACACAAGCCACCCAUCAAGUAUCAUAUUUUGCAUCACAUCCUUCAUUGCAACAGUUCUGGUAUACACCUUGUCUUCCUUGUCACAUCUUACUGUAUCCAAUAGUCACUUACAAAUUGCUAUAGUCACUAUCAAUCUAAUUGUAUUGUACUAUCUCAAUACAAUACUGUGCUUCACUAAAUACAAUGUAUUGUAUUUUGCCGUUCC